AUGGCUUGCGAGGACAGCACGGCUUGCAAGAACAGCACGGCUUGCGAGGACAGCACAGCUUACGGGACCGCACAGCUUGCGAGGACAGCACAGCUUGCGAGGACAGAACAGCUUGCGAGGACAGCUCAACUUGAGAGGACAGCUCAACUUGAGAGGACAGUUCAACUUGAGAGAACAGCUGAAGUUGAGAGGACAGCUCAGCUAGAGAGGACAGCGCAACUUGAGAGGACAGCUCUACUUGAGAGCACAGCUCAACUUGAGAGGACAGCUGAACUCGAGAGGGCAGCUCAACUCGAGUGGACAGCAAAGCUUGCGAGGACUGCACGGCUUGCGAGGACAGCACGGCUUGCGAGGACAGCACGGCUUGCGAGGACAGCACGGCUGGCGAGGACAGCACAGGUUGCGAAGACAGCACAGCUUCUGAGGACUGCACAGCUUGCGAGGACAGCACGGCUUGCGAGGACAGCACAGCUUGCGAGGAGAGCACAGCUUGCGAGGACAACACAGCUUGCGAGGACAGCACAGCUUGCGAGGACAGCACAGCUUGCGAGGACAGCACAGCUUGCGAGGACAGCACAGCUUGUGAGGACAGCACAGCUUGCGAGGACGGCUCAACUUGAGAGGACAGCUCACCUUGAGAUGACCGCUCAACUUGAGAGGAGACCUCAACUUGAGAGGAGAGCUCAACUUGAGAGGAGAGCUCAAUUUGAGAGGAAAGCUCAACUUGAGAGCACGGCUUGCAAGAACAGCACAGCUUGCGAGGACAGCACGGCUUGCGAAGACAGCAUGGCUUGCGAGGACAGCACGGCUUGCCAGGACAGCACGGCUUGCGAGGACAGCACGCCUUGCGAGGACAGCACCGGUUGCGAGGACAGCAUGGCUUGCGAAGACAGCACAGGUUGUGAGGACACCACGGGUUGCGAGGACAGCACAGCUUCCGAGGACAGGACAGCUUCCGAGGGCAGCGCAGCUUCUGAGGACAACACAGCUUCCGAGGACAGCACAGCUUGCGAGGACAGCACAGCUUGCGAGGACAGCACAGCUAGCGAAGACAGCACAGCUUGCAAGGACUGCACAGCUUGCGAGGACAGCACAGCUUGCGAGGACAGCACAGCUUGCGAGGACAGCACAGCUUGUGAGGACAGCACAGCUUGCGAGGACUGCACAGCUUGCGAGGACAGCACAGCUUGCGAGGACAGCACAGCUUGCGAGGACAGCACAGCUUGCGAGAACAGCACAGCUAGCGAGGACAGCACAGCUUGCGAGGACAGCAAGGCUUGCGAGGACAGCACGGCCUGCGAGGACAGCAUGGCUUGCGAGGACAGCACGGCUUGCAGGGACAGCACAGCUUGCGAGGACAGCACAGCUUGUGAGACAGCACAGCUUGCGAGGACAGCACAGCUUGCGAGGACAGCACAAUUUGCGAGGACAGCACAGCUUGCGAGGACAGCACAGCUUGCGAGGACAGCACAGCUAGCGAGGACAGCACAGCUUGCGAGGACAGCAAGGCUUGCGAGGACAGCAUGGCCUGCGAGGACAGCACGGCUUGCGAUGACAGCACAGCUUGCAAGGACAGCACAGCUUGCGGGGACAGCACAGCUUGCGAGGACAGUACAGCUUGCGAGGACAGCACAACUUGCGACGACAGCACAGCUUGCGAGGACAGCACAGCUUGCGAGGACAGCUCAACUUGAGAGGACAGCUCAACUUGAGAGGACAGAUCAACUUGAGAGUACAUCUCAACUUGAGAGGAGAGCUCAACUUGAGAGGAGAGCUCAACAUGAGAGGAGAGCUCAACUUGAGAGGACAGCUCAACUUGAGAGGACAGCUCAACUUGAGAGGAGAGCUCAACUUGAGAGGACAGCUCAACUUGACAGAACAGCUCAACUUGAGAGGACAGCUCAACUUGAGAGGACAGUUCAACUUGAGAGGACAGCUCAACUUUAG